CCACCUUGCAGAAGACAAUAUUGAGCAGAUGUACCAAGAACAUAGGGUUAAGAUGCUAAGGACUAACUGGAGUUUCAUUCUGUUGGUACUCAAAGCUAUGAUAUUAAUCAUAUCCAUUUGUUUGCAGUUUAAUUACGAAUAUGCGUCUGCUUAUGAGAGAAUAACCCUAUUCUUAGUACUCAUUCUUCUGUUUGUCCUGAAGCACUUCAUAUAUAAAAAUAACACUGUUGCUAACUAUGGAGCUGUAAUCAUAAUUAUAUUGACAGGGUCUGUGAUCACCUCUGUAAACAUAGAAUUCACUCAGUUCAGGGUUUAUGAAGCGUUUUUAUUUCAUUUGUCAGUAUCGUUCCUGCUCUCAACGUGAGUUGUAUCUAACUGGAGAGUGUCCUGAGCAGCACUUUUAUUGGUAUAUGCUAAUCUCUAUGUCAUGCUAAGAAUAUACUUUGACUCUGUCCCGAUAACAGUGCUGUUUGCAUUAGGAUCUUCCUUGACCGUAUUUGGAAUCAGUGGAUUCCUGAUAUCAAGAAAUUUGAAGCAAGAGUUCUUAUCAACCUUUAUUGCUCAACAGGCUUCAUCACAACUGAAGAAGAUUCUGGAAGGACUGCCUGAAGGAGUCACCAUCAUGAAUGAGCAAGGGGAUGAACUGAAGUUUAUCAACCAAAAACUCAAGAAAACAUUUGACCUUUCUCUGUUCUAUCAAGCCCAAAAGCAAAGUAUCCAACUUACCAAAAUGAAAGAGGAAAUUGAUGAAGCUUUUAAGAAAGUUUACUCAAACAUAUCUACUGGGGCUUUGAAUUCCAAAGAUUCUCAGACACUUUCAGAUGAAAUUUUCAGCAAUUUUAUGACUAAAUUAACAAAAGAGAAGAUAGAGGAAGGAAAAGGAAAUGAUCCUGAUGUUCAAGUGAAACAUUGUGAGCAAGUGCCGUUACCACUCUUUCUUCAAAAUGAAAGACAAUUGUGCCAUAAUGAAAAAUAUUAUGAAAGAAGCACAAAAGUAUCUAUAUCGUACACUAACAAGCAUCUUUGAAGAAAAGUUGAGUACUUGGAUAGAGAUUUUGUCAUAAAGACUUCAAAAAUAAGCAUGGCAGAUUCUUUUGAUAAAUUUCCAACUUUUCUUCAUAUGUUCAUUGACACUACCCAGAUUACUCAACUGGAGGAGGCCAAGGCUCAGAACAACUACCAGAGGCAGAUGUUUUCAAAUGUGUCACAUGAGUUCAGGACUCCCCUUAAUGCGAUGUCUCUGUCGUUGCACCUGAUGGAGCCUUAUAUUAAGAAAGAGCUUGUCAAAUACCAUAAGAUAUCAUCUUCCUCAUGAGGCAUCCUUGGAAGCCUUGUCGAAGAUAUCAUGGAUUUAUCGAAGAUCGAGGCUGGAGUGUUUGAAAUACAAGAGUCUGUGUUCACUUUCAAGCAACUCUUUGACGAAGUCCAGUCUAUCUUUGAGAUGCAGGCCCACAUGAAGAAAAUCAGCCUCAACUUCCAGAUGGAAGAUGUCUUUUUACAACUUGAAGUAAAGUCAGACAAGCAGAGACUCAAACAGAUUCUACUGAACUUGGUGUCUAAUUCUUUGAAGUUCACAGACAGAGGGUCUAUAAAUGUUGAUCUCCAUAUACAGGAGCAGAAAAGAAUUAACAGAGAAAUAGAUGAAAGUUAUGAUCUAGCAGAGGCUUUACCUCCAGAAUUUAUUGAUGAAAUAUCAGUAUGAAACCUUCUUUUUGGAUCAGACAACUAUCAGUUUAAACCGAAGUUAUCGAAGCUUGAUCAGAAGGUUAUUGAUCCUCCUUGUGGAGAUAAAACAACUGGGAGGAUACUUCAAAGAGAAGGAGAUGAGUCAAUCCCCUCUAAGUUUACCAAGGAGCUUAAGGUAGAGCUUAGUGUGACCGAUACUGGCAUUGGAAUUCCAAAGAAAGACUUGCCUUGCCUAUUCAAGCUGUUUGGUAAGAGCCGCUCAAAUCACAACAGAAACCAGACUGGGACUGGAUUGGGCCUCACUAUCUGCAAGAAGCUUUGUGAGAAAUUAGGAGGAAAAAUAUCCCUAAAAUCUAAAGAAGGAGUGGGUACCAAAAUAACAUGCUCAUUCAUAUGUUAUUAUUAG